AUGAUGGUGAAAGUCGGGGUUGAAAAGUCGGGACAGUCGGACCCAUCGGGGUGUGAAAAGGGCCUGCAGUGUGUGCAGUUUUACGAGCCUCUUGAGCCGGCGCCCGAGGUGAAGGACAAGGAUGAGCCAAAGGCGGCGAAUGUCUCCAACGCCGACAUUCGCGCCCGGCUGGAUAGGUUGGAGACUUGGAUUACGGGCCUUUCUGAUCCCCGUCCGGGUUCCACGCCCUCGGCCGAGAAGAUUGAUGAUGCGCAUCCGCCAUCGCCAUCGUCACGAUCACGAUCCCGCCAUGCCCAGCCACUGUCUCCCCCGUCAUCGUCUACUGUGCAGCAUUUGUCCGAGGAUGCUCUGUGGUUUGGGGGCCACUUUCUCUGCUGCAAGACGGCCAAGUGUAUCCCACCUGAAACAAGUUUCUUGGACGGGUGUGCGACAUAUCAGCUUUCGCCGAUAAGACUCAUCAAGAAACCAUACUCUAUUAUACAAGAUGUGGCCUCGGCAUUUGGAUCGCUUGCAGCUGGGGGCCGGGAGAUCUGUCUCACCCUGCCUCUAUACCACGAAGCUUGCAUCAUCUUGCACGCCUUCAAGGAAGAGUGCUCAAUAUUGUGCCCCAUGUUCCAUAUCCCUUCGGCACUUCUCUCCAUGCAAAGCAUAUACACCAGUGUCCAGCAGCAGACCCCGGUAGACAAGUCAGAUUUACUCCUGUUCUUAUCCAUUAUCGCUUCAGUGACAUAUGCCUCUUCGCCCGAAGGCGACGUUUGCAAGCUCUUUGCAAGUCAUUUGGAAGCGAAUACACAGUGCGCAUCGUGGCUGGCCGCCUCUUAUGCGCUGUCAGACGAGAUCAAGAGGCGUGGCCAAGGAAGCAUAGUCUGUCUUCAGGGACAAAACAUCCUGUGCAAAGUCUCUGCCUUCAUGGAAGGAAGCUCAGUACGAACCCGGAGCCUAAUAUCCACGUCUAUAGCCAUGGCUCGCGACCUAGGGUUUCACCGCAUAGAUCACCCUGGAAAUAAACCCGGCAGUCUUGGUACAGAGUCGGAAAUGGACAUGGAGAUCCGGCGACAAUUAUGGUGGGACCUUGUUGCCUUAGAUUGGUUGCUCGCAAUAUUCCCUGGCGCUCACGAGGGUGUAUACACCAUCCAUCCUCAACACAUGGCCGUCAACAAACCCAGAAUCAUCGGAGACGGCAAGGACGGGACUCCAUCCCUUCAGGAACGUGAACAGCAAAGCGACAUGUCCUACUUCCUGGAGCGAAUUCGCCUGACGGAAAUCAGCCGCCAGUAUAUUGACCGCUGCCCGCUCUCCGAGUCCGAGACAGACGCAGACUACCAAAAACUGCUGCAACACGAUGCCCGCCUUGAGCAAUACCAGCGAGAACUGCCGCCGUUCUUCUCCCUCAACAGACUAUCCACCCCUCCGACACACGAAAAGCCAGCGCUGGUCGUCCACCGCAUCCAAGUAAACUGCAUGGUCUACAUCUUGCGCUGCUUUCUCCACCUCAAAUACCUGUCCCUCUCCAUCAUCAAUCCCAAGUACGCGCCAUCUCGCACAGCGUGCCUCAGCUCCGCCAGCGAGAUCGUCCGCCUACACAGGGAUGUCAAGUCCCGGUACUCCUGGAUCAUUCCGCGUCUCAAAGUGACCAACUACCUGAGGUCCUUGAUCAUGGCAAGUGCGGUGUUCCUGCUGGAUGUCUGUUCCGGCACCGAGAUUCGCGAUUUCAAGAGGGAAAGGUCAGACAUGCUUGAUGCGUGGAGGCUGAUGAGCGAUCAGCAGGAGGACUCGAAUGUCGUCGAGCUAUUUUUCGAGUUUGCGAGCCAGAUGUUGACGAAGUACGGCGUCUCAGAGGCCAUUGUGGCGGACUUGGUGGCUCAACGACCCAGGAGCCGAGAGACUGCACGGCACGUCCUCGAGCAAACAGAGCAUCUCGAGCAGGCGUACCAGGACGUGGGGGACAAACAGAUGGGCGUUGAGAUGGUGGGUAUGGAUCAGCGGUGGCAGACGCUCGAUGCGGAUUUUGAUUUAAAGACUAUGAGUUGGGAUAAUGUGUUGUGGGGGUUUGACGGGAUUGUCAUGUAG